CGGUCUGCGCCUCCAGCUCCCGCCUUCCCAGGCCCUGACCGUGAAGAGAGGCCCGGCUGGCCCGCGUGCGCCGAGGAGGCCGCCCCGCCCCCGGGCGCCAGCUGCUGCGAGAGGUCGCCUUCCCACGCGAUCAGCCCUUGGUCCUACCACCCCUCUACCCAUUCCACCCUCCCAGGAACGGACAGAGCCAGCCAGGAUGAAAAGGAGGCGCAGGGCUGUGGCCUGAGUCGGGAGGUCGCUUCCGUGCCAGUCAGUCCAGACUCAGCGGUGGCGGGGACAGCUCACCACCCCCUGCAUUCCCGCCCCUGUCCCGCUCCGCGCCAACGCAGACCCAAACCGCAGCAGGGCCCUCGGGACAUUUUCGCCCCAUUUUCCUUUUCCUCCGAGUUUUCAUGGUUGUUUAAGAAAUUGGUUUUGGAUUUGUGGUGUCUAAGUAUACAGCCGACGGAGCAGCUCACGCCGGGGCGCAGGGAAAACUGAAUCGGCAGUGCUUCGCCCUACGGCAGCCGAGCACCUCGAGGCCUCCUGAAGCCCCGACACUUAGGGGCCGGCCCGGGUACGGGCGGGCAACACCCUCAAUCCUAGGGGCCUUCUGGCGUUUAGGACACGGGAAACGUCACUUGAGACUCAGCUAUAUGUCCCAGCUGUCUUUUCUCUCAAGCCUGUCCAUUCCUCCUCCGGGGAAGGGGACACAGUGGGACGUGGAGCGAGAACUCGUGUUGAUUCCGGAGCGCCAACCGGCAGACUUAGACUCUGUCCUGCAUCUUGCUCUGGGAGCCGCACGGUACCUGGCAGAAUAAGUCGCGCGAAGCUCAAAGAUGAGGGGUCCUUCCCGGACCCGGGAUCCCCAGGGCCCUUGUUUCUGAAAUAACCAAGACAACCGAGAGCUGCGGUGCACGAAGAGCCUGCAGCUCGCACUUGAACCCGUCCCCCAUCGCCUUCACCCUGAGAGAAAGGCAGAUUCGUUUUCCCCAAACCUCCUAGCCCGCCAGGUCCCGCCCCCGGAGCGAGCCCCAGGAAAGGCCGUAGGCGCUGCCCCGCCUCCCCGCCGGGCUCAGGUUUCGACCCCGGGAUUAGGUGAACUGAUUGGGGGGUUAAUGAGAGCGGCGUAGCGGGCAGCUAGCUCCCUCCCAGACCCGCGCCCCGAUCCCGACUCUCUAGCUGCUGCCAGAGCAGCUUGCGCUCUCCCGCGUCUUCUAAACGGUUGGUUCUCUGCGGACUCCAGCACACCGCGCGUUUCACAGCCGUAGCGCGCGAACCCGGCUCGACUUCCCCAGGGCAAGGCUUUUGGUCUCCGCCUGUCUGGGGCUUACGGUGGGCUGACGGAGGCUCCAGGGACCCUUGGAGCAGAGUGGGGAGCGCGCCCGACCACCAUGCCGCGUUCGUUCCUGGUUAAGAGCAAAAAGGCUCACAGUUACCACCAGCCGCGCUCCCCGGGACCCGACUAUUCCCUCCGCCUGGAGAAUGUACUGGCGCCAGGCGGAGCAGACAGCACCUCGAGCACAGGCGGGGCGAAGGCGGAGCCCCGGGGCCGUUUGUCCCCCGAGUCUCAGCUGACCGAAGCCCCCGACAGAGCCUCCACGUCCCCCGGCAGCUGUGAAGGCAGCGUCUGCGAUCGGAGCUCGGAGUUUGAGGACUUCUGGAGGCCUCCGUCGCCUUCUGUGUCUCCAGCCUCGGAGAAGUCGGUGUGCCCCUCGCUGGACGAAGUUCAGCCCUUCCCCCUGCCCUUCAAGCCGUACUCGUGGAGCGGUCUGGCGGGUUCCGACCUGCGGCACCUGGUGCAGAGCUACAGGCCGUGCGCGGCCCUGGAGCGCGGCGUCGGCCUGGGCCUCUUCUGCGAGCGCGCCCCGGAGCCAGGCCACCCCGCGGCGCUGUACGGCCGGGACCGGGCUGCUGGCGGCGCGGGGGCCGGGGCACCCGGGGGAGGCAGCGCAGGAGGCGGAGCUGCCGGCGGCGCGGGCCUGGGGCUCUACCGCGACUUUGGGCCCGCGGCGGCAGGACUGUAUGAGAGGCCGGCGACCGGCGGACUGUACCCGGAGAGCGGCCACGGGCUGCACGGCGACAAGGGCACCGGCGUCAAGGUGGAGUCGGAGCUGCUGUGCACCCGCCUUCUAAUGGGCGGCGGCGCCUACAAGUGCAUCAAGUGCAGCAAGGUGUUCUCCACACCGCACGGGCUCGAGGUGCACGUGCGCAGGUCCCACAGCGGCACGAGACCCUUUGCGUGCGAGAUAUGCGGCAAGACCUUCGGGCACGCGGUGAGCCUGGAGCAGCACAAAGCCGUGCACUCGCAGGAACGGAGCUUUGACUGUAAGAUCUGUGGCAAGAGCUUCAAGAGGUCAUCUACACUGUCCACACACCUGCUCAUCCACUCAGACACCCGGCCCUACCCCUGUCAGUACUGUGGCAAGAGGUUCCACCAGAAAUCAGACAUGAAGAAACACACCUUCAUCCACACUGGUGAGAAGCCCCACAAGUGCCAGGUGUGUGGCAAGGCAUUCAGCCAGAGCUCCAACCUCAUCACCCACAGCCGCAAGCACACAGGCUUCAAGCCCUUCGGCUGCGACCUGUGUGGAAAGGGCUUCCAGAGGAAGGUGGACCUCAGGCGGCACCGGGAGACGCAGCAUGGGCUCAAGUGAGCGCCUUGGCUGGCUGCAGGCGCAGUUACGCAGGCAACACUACGGAGGGCAGCCUUCCCACUUGCCACCAGCCACUUCCGCAGAUCCCACCAGGGUGAUCCCCCUUCCCUUUUCUCCCUGGAGCCGCCAGAGGGGAUAAGUUACCUUUUGAAAUUUCAGCCUGGAGUGGGAACCAAAUGACUGCCUGGGUAUGGGACUCACCCAAUAGGCUCCUCUACAUCUGAGGACUCCAAGUGGAGAGGCAAUCAGAUAAAAUACCGGGCCUCACAGUCCUUCCUAUUCCCAGCCCUGUUCCACAGAUAGGAAGGUCCUUCAGGUUUCUUCCCUCCUCCUCUUGACCUACCCCAGAUACUUGUGUGGAAUAGGAGGAAUCAUCAUUUACAAGGUAAACAUAUCAAUGUUUUUAUCUGGAAUGAAGAAUGAGUGUUAUUUUAUUGUUUUCCUUCUGGGGAGUUUUUUGACCCCUUUUUUGUUGGGUGCUGCCUAUAAAGGUUGGAGGAAUUGUUUCUUCCACUUGGAGACUGGUUCAGAAACUGAUUUGGGAAAGGAAUUUCAUACUUUUGAAAUUACAAGAUACACUGUGGCUCCUGCCCCAAGAAGGAGCAGAAGAAAAGUCGGCUUGGUGAGAAGAGAUUAGAUGUCCUCCCUCCAGGAGGCCUGUGAAGGCUUCUUCAGAAGAGGUGGAAGCACAGAGCAAUGCCUUUGGACAAGAUUGUCAUCCAUUCAUUCAGCAAAUGUCUAUAGACCACCAGUUACCAUGGUUUCAGGCCCUAUGCUAGGUACUGGGGAGCCAGGGAGUAAAGUCUCUGUCUGCCUCUGCCCCGCAACUCCAAGUAGCUGGGUCUAUUCUCCCUCCCCCCACAAAGGAAUUCUGAGAAGGUAAAACAGAAUCUUGAAACUUCCCUUCUGACUGUUUGGAUUUUAUCAAACGUAAAUGAAAAAUAGCUGAAGAGAUACUUCAAAGAUUUUUGUGUAUAUUCAGUUUUUUUAUUGUUAAGCUGAUAUUUUUAAGAUGUCUAAGCUAGCAGGCACGUGAAGGCUCUGUCUUCAACUCUUUGAACCCUCCAUGCGUACCACAGAGGAAAAAAAAAGUGGUGUUUUUACUAUGAUGAAGUUUGUAAAUGUUUUUAGAUCUGGAGUGCAUUAUGUUUGUUAAUACAUAUUUAUUAGAGAGGUGUUUUAAGUUAAUAAAGUAUUAAGACUCUUACAUAUUGCUUUUCAUUUAGGCAGGGAAUUUGGGAAAGAACUUUGUUUUGGCCUCUAGGGGCAGUUGGCACUGAAGGAAACUGGAGCAGAGUAUAAAAGUAAAGCAGACAAGCCAACAUCCAGAAGAGAGUAAAAUCCAAUUGCUCUGGUUUUCAUGAGCUUUUUUCUUUUCUUCUGUGCCUGAGCGCCUUCUUUCUUAGCAGAAGAACUAGGGAUACAAAAGUAAGUUCCUACCUUGCCAAGUCUCUGAUGUCCUACAUGUAUAUGGGCUUUUUAUUCUGAGAGGUUCAGGUUUUUUGUUUUUGUUUUUAAACAGGCCAGAAGGCUCCCAGAUGAAUAAAGGCGUUACGAGCCUUAGGUCUAGAGACUGAGUCUUAGUCACGACUCUGUCACCAACAUACCAUGUGACUUGGGCAAAUCCUUUGACCUUCCUGAUACUGGUUUCCUUUACCAUAAAAUGAAGAUAUGGUUCUAUCAUCACAAUCCAAACCUGACUACUUUGAUUCUCUGGAGACAGAGGGGAAAGAAAAUAUCUGAGACUGAUUAGCUGCCUCACCUAAGGCAAGUUAUAAAUCUGAAGACUGAUGAGGGGCAGUAAAAUUGGCAUCUGGGUUAUUUCUGGCUCUAUCCCACCUUUGGGAAUAAAUCAGUCCUUUAAAAGAAUGAAACCAGAAUAAGGUCCUGGCCUAAAUCCCAACUACCUGUACUCUUUCUAAUACCCAGCCAAGGUAUUGCACAGCCCAUGGUGACCAUCAGGAGCUUGUCCAUUUCUGUUCAAAUCAAUUUCAUCCAUAUUGAUUUAGCGCCGAGCCUGUGCCUGGCACUGCUCUAGGUGCUAGGGAUACAGCAGUGAACACAGUGUCCUGUGGAGCUUUAUAUAUUUGGUCACUGCUGAAUCUUCAGCUCCCAGAACAAUGCCUGGCACACAGUAGGAGAUCAAUAAAUAUUUGCUGAGGUGGUAAGUGAAUAAGCAGAGAAAAUAAACUCCUGCUUCAUCCUGGCUGGCUCUGCUCUCUCCAGCACAGAGGGAAGAGAAAUUGCUUGAGGGCCAAGGAAGCAAAUAGAACACAUAGGACUCUCCCUGGCUUUGAGCAUGCUUUUCUCCGGUCUCUCCAAAUCUCGGUGUUUGGCUAUCCUCACUUGGUUUUCAACACCAUGUCUUUACAUGUCAGUUUACUCUCAUUCAAAAUUGAAAUUUGUUCACUCUAUAAGGCAGUUUAAGAUAAUUUUCCAGAACUGUUGGGUGAACAGUUGCAGCAUCCAGGAAGCUCUUUCUAGUGUCCUGGGAAACAAAGUUCCCAGUGAAUAAAGAUCACAAAACGACCUUCUCACAGGAUUCACUGUGCACAUUGGUUGAUUAUUUCCAACUUGGUUUGAAAAGUAAAGAAGUUACAUUGGGGGGUAAGUAGAACUGAUUGAAAUCUAGCUGGCUGCCCUGUCCUGCUCUACCCUUGUGACUUUUAGAACUUUGGUCCAUUUUCAUAAUUCCUAUUUAUGCUAUAAAUGUGGAAUUUUAAUUUUGAUGUUAAUAGUGUGCUUUUUUUUGGAAAAAAAAUAUCCUGAUAUCCUCAGUUCAGAAUCAAAACAAAUUACUGCGCCUGUUACUGUGUGAAAUUUGAAGAUUGCAAAUAUCUCUCUUAAUGUUAUUACUUGACUCCAUUAAAAAUACAUGUGAAUAUUCCAUGUCACAUUAUUCAUGAGGCAGGCCCUAUGCCUUUUGUCCACUGGAGUAACAGUAGAAAGGGUAACAAGAGACACCAGAGCACACCUUUGUUUCUUUCACUAAAUUUUUAAUAACACCUCCAGCUAGCCAGUUGGUGAAGCUCAGCUCUUGCAUAAAAGUGGAAAAGCACAGCUAUCUCAGAGAAGACCAACUCUUUCAGUAGCUAAUUUGAGUUUGCGUUCAUCUACACCACAGAUGAUUAAAUUACCUAUCAAGUGUGCCGAGCUAUCAGGAUUCAGGCCACGUAAAAGGUGAAAUUCAUCUGAUUGAUUUGAGACACGAAUGGAACAAUUGAGCUUUAAAAGCCCCGCCUUAAUUAAAGGCAUAGCAAAGUAUCACUGGGUGAGUUCUUGAGUGCCAUUGCCCUUGAAAAUUGGGUGUCGAUAGUGAUUUUUUUUUUUUCUAUUGAAGUGUCGAUAGUGAUUUGACCUGUGUCAUUUUGUUGUGUGCCUGCUUGUUUAACCUGAUCAUUUAACAGAAAGAAAUGAAUUGAGAGGAAGGCCGAAAAGGACUUGACUACUUUUUACUGUGCAUUUCUAGAGCACUAUUUAAAUCUCUGCUGCUAUAUGAUUUCUAAAGUAACAACUUUUCAGGAAGUACAUAAUACACUUGUUCCUUAACGUUUAUUCAACAUUUCAUUCAUUGAGUCCAUUUUUUUUUUUUAAAAAAGGAAUUUCAUCCCAAACCCUUCUAGCUUCCAAGCUUAUGUUAACUUUUUAGUGCUCAUUUCCAGUCUACCCACGUGUGUGUAUGUUUAUGUAUUUUUUACCCUGCUAUCAAUUUAUGUCUAGAUAGCUCUUAUUUAUUGAUUGAUAGUGUGGACACAUGUUUGCUUAAAAUGGAAAUAUUUAUGUUUCACAAUGAGAAUUUUGACCAUUUUAUGGUUAAAUUUUAUUGAAAUCUUAGUAGUUAUUAGGGAUUUUAUCAUCCAUUAAGAUGAAGUCUAUUCUGAAGUUUUAUUUUAAAGUUAUUCACUUUUUAACUGAAACAUAUCAAGCAUAUGGGAAAUUAAAAAGACUAAUACAAUAAACGUCAGUUUACCCAUUGCUCUGCCAUAUUUACCUCAGACUUUAUUUUUAAAAUAAAAUAUUACAGACAUGGUUGACUAACUUCUGGAAUAUGUUUAUCCCUUUCCUGUCUCAUCAGAGGCAUCCACUAUACCAAAACUGGCACACUAUCAUCACCGUGAAUAUUUUUAUACCUUUACUUAUACAUAUUCUCAUAAACAACAUGUAAUACUGUUUAGCAUAUUUUAACUUAAUAUAAAUGGUGUCAUAGUGUAUAUAUCCUUCUGCACCUUGCUUUUUUUCCCUCAAUACUUUGUUUUUUGAGAUUUAUCCACGUUGGUACAUGCAUUUUUGUUCAGUUAUUUUAACUGCUGCAUAUAGAAUUCAUUGUAUGAAUACUUGGUGACUAAUUAUGUAUUCUCCUGUUGGGAGAGUUUUGGAUAUUUCCAGUUUUUGUUGUCACAAACAAUUCUGAUGCAAGCAACCUUUUACAUAACUUUGUGAAAGAGAUUCUUCAGGGUAUGUUCUUGGGAAUGGGAAUGCUGGAUAUUACCAAAUUGCUCUCCAAAGUUGUACCAAUUUACAUUCCCAUCAAUAGUAUGAGAGAAUUCCUGUUGCUCCACAUCUUACCAACACUUGGUAUUGUCAGACUUUAAAAAUGUUUGCCAAUCAGGUGGAUGUAAAAUGUUAAUGUAAUUUGCAUUUCCUGAUUCCUAGUGAGGUUGAGAAUCUUUUCAUAAGUUUAUUGGCCUGACAGGUUUCCUUUUCUGUGAAAUGCCUAUUCAUGUACUU